GCUAAUCCCUGUGCCAAUUUUUCAAGAAGGAGACGUGUUUUCAACCAAAAUACCGCCCCAUCUCCAUCCACUUUUAAGAGGCAGUAAGUGCCAACGCGUAUCCUUUCACAAAUCUGGGGAAACGCCACUGUUGCUGUUCCGCCGAUCAAUUGAGAAGAUGCAGCCAUUGCUAUUGCUGGCAACCCUGACUGUAUUGGUCGGGGUCACACUGACCGUACCUGCGAAGGAAAAACGAGUGCAUCAUCAGCGUGACCUCAGUGACCAUGCCCAUGACGAUUCCGAUGGAUACAAGUAUGACCACGAGGCCUUCCUGGGCAAAGAGGAAGCCAAGACCUUUGACCAGCUGAGCCCAGAGGAGAGCAAAGAAAGGCUGGGAAAAAUUGUGAGCCGCAUUGACGGUGACAAGGAUGGCUUUGUUAGCCAUGUUGAGUUGCACAACUGGAUCAAACACAGACAGAGGAAGUACAUUGAGGAGAACGUGGACAAACACUGGAAGGAGUAUGAUCAGAACAAGGAUGGGAAGAUUGCCUGGGAGGAGUACAAGAACACCACCUAUGGCUAUUAUCUAGGUGAGGAGUUUGAUGACGUUGAUGACAAAACCAGCUACAAGUCCAUGCUGAAGCGAGACGAGAGGCGAUUCAAGGUCGCCGACCGGGACGGGGACCUCAUCGCCACCAGACAAGAGUUCACUGCCUUCCUCCACCCCGAGGACUACGAUCACAUGAAGGACGUCAUCAUCCAGGAAACUAUGGAAGACAUUGACAAGAACGGUGAUGGCAAGAUCGGUCUGGAGGAGUACAUUGGUGACAUGUUCACCCCUGAUGAUGGGGAGAGUGAACCUGACUGGGUCCUGACAGAGAAGAAACACUUCACAGAGAUCAGGGACAUGAAUAAGGAUGGCUUCCUGGAUGCCAGUGAGGUGGCUCAGUGGAUCCUGCCUGGGGAGAUUGACCACGCAGACAAUGAAGCAAAGCAUCUAAUCCUGGAGACGGACACAGAUAAGGAUGAGAAAAUCUCCAAGAAAGAAAUUCUAGCCAACUGGAACAUGUUUGUGGGGAGCCAGGCAACCAAUUAUGGCGAAGACCUCACCAGGAGACAUGACGAGCUCUGAUCAUGUCACCCAGUCUUAGACGAGGGUGAAUUUGGGAGGGUUUGUUUGAAAGGGUGAGGGAUUGAAAAAGGUACAAUAUUCAAGGAGUUAACUGUUACUAUUACAUAUGGGAUCUGUUACUUUAACUUGGGUGGGUAGGGGGUGUUUUGUGACCUAUUGUUCUCUUCAUUGAGGGGUAAUUGUGCCCUAGGCUUUAUGUUGAGGAUUAGUGAUCACAUUUGAGGUAGGUUUAAAGCCAUAUAUACGUUCAGCAGGUAAUUUUAAACUGCCGUCCUCAAGUUUAUUUUCUAGUGCUUACUAGUCACUGCCUGAAAUUGAGUUUCAAUCCUCAACUGAAGAGAACCAGGGUUUAUCAUGAAAGACCAUACACUGUUAGACAGUGGAUGACCAUAGGGUGCAAAGGCUCUCUGUAACUAAACUGUGCCUUCAACGCGUAGAGAUUGCUGUCAGGUAUGCCUCCACAGAGAGCCUAUGCAACCUAUGAUUACUCACUUCAUUCUUGUCCAGGCCUUUGUGAUGAACGCUUACAUUUUUUACAUAUUACUGUUUUAAGGACUUAAGGUUAAUGGGGGGGGGGGGAGACAUUUAGAUUUUUUUUACAGGGGAGGGGAGUCCAAGGGAUAUUCCUUGUCACAAAGUGUAUUUAUAUUGUCUAGCACCUUUUCUAGUGCAUAGAUAAAAGAUCGCUUUCACACACAUAUACGCAGAACACACAGGCACAUCUGGAAGGUGAGAAACACUCCAUUAAGACACACGCAGGUCAGUUGUUCAGUGCUGGGCAGCUGAUCUCUCUCACCUAGGUGUGUACACACUUCAUAAGAACCAUUAAGCUCUGGUCUCUCUCACCUAGGUGUGUACACACUUCAUAAGAACCAUUAAGCUCUGGUCUCUCACCUAGGUGUGUACACACUUCAUAAGAACCAUAAGGCUCUCUGCGACGCACCCAUGAAGCAGCAUGCCCACUAAGGCAUUUAGAAUGCAGUGUAGAGUGAAAAACAUGUUGGAGACAUUAAUUGGAGAAAGAAAGUGAAUGUCACUGUUUUCAAGUGGAACAUUUUUCUCUCUGUGAAUUCUCAAUAAAGCCAUGUUGGUUUUAAUUA